UAACCAACUCAGGUACCUACCCCUCACGGAUACUAGUUUCCGUAGGAUCACUAUCGCUCAGAGUCACUAUAUACACGCCUGGGUCGAUAUUUCUGGAGCAAGAAGUAUUUUUUUCUAUAGCCAUCCGUUUCGCAUCCAGUGUACGCAACGCAACCAUGGCUUCUUACAAUGUUCGAUGGGGCAUUAUGGCAACUGGCGGGAUUGCCACCACUUUCGUUCGGGACCUUCUGACUGACCCUAAGGUUCGUGGCGCAUCUGAUGUGUCGCAUACUAUCGUUGCAGUCGCCUCGUCAUCUUCUGCAAGCCGUGCUGAAGAAUUCAUCGUAGACAAAGCCAUUCCUCGCCCUUGUGCGGCGUAUGGCUCGUAUGAAGAGCUUGUUGCCGACUCUAGCGUCGAUGUGAUCUACGUCGCAACGCCGCACUCGCACCAUUUUCAAAAUAGCAUGUUAGCCCUAGAGGCGGGCAAGCAUGUGCUUUGCGAGAAAGCGUUCACAGUCAAUGCGGCCCAGGCGAAGAUCUUGUGCGAGACUGCAAAGAAGAAGAACUUGUUCCUCAUGGAGGCCGUGUGGACUCGCUACUUCCCUCUCAGCGUGCAAGUCCGGGACCUCAUCAAGCAAGGCGCGAUCGGCGAGGUGCUGAGAGUAAUCGCGGACAAUAGCACGGGCGAUGAUGUGGAAAAGAUAUGGGGGACUGCUCAUCGGAUGGUGAACAAAGAUCUAGCAGGUGGCGCCUUGCUGGACUUGGGCAUCUAUUCUCUGACGUGGGUUUUCCAAACGCUCUACCACACUCUCCCUGUUACUCAGCGCAAGCCCCCGUCGGCCAUUUCGGCGCAUAUAACCCCCUACCACCUCACUGGGGCGGACGAAGCAACCACGAUCCUGCUCAGCUUUCCUACCACUACCCCAUCCAACAGCACGCACCCCGGCGAGUCUCAAGCCGUGGCAAUGACACACCUCCGGGUCGCGACCGAUCCUGGCGAGGAUAACUCUGCUGGACCUGCCGUCCGAAUCCAGGGCACGAAAGGUGAGAUCCAGGUUGACGGGCCCGUCUGGAGGCCGGAGAGGUACCGCGUGAUCUCGAAGAAAACUGGAGACUCAGAGGCUUCCGGCAUAAAAGAGGUGCAUUGCUCUUUCCCUGGAAACGGCCAUGGCAUGUACUGGGAGGCGGACGAGGUCGCUCGGUGCCUGCGCGAUGGGAAGCUUGAAAGUGAAUCAAUGCCGUGGGAGGAGAGCAUUGUCAUCAUGGAAGUCAUGGAUGAAGCUCGUCGUCAGGGUGGCUUGACUUAUCCCGAGUCGAUAGAGUCGACAUCUUACCCUCUGAAGUUGUAAAAGAUGGGCAUGACUUAUCGAUGGAGUUCACAAGAUUCCUUACGCACCAUCUGCAGGUUUGAGUGAUUCUAGCUAGUCCUUUCUGCGAUGGAUAUACGAAUAACUAUGAAUUUCUUGAAGUAGCCAAUACUUAGGAAAAAGAGGCUCAAACUUGAAUAUACUAUACAUUCUGCUGAGA